AUGUUCAUAGUGCAAUGUGCACUAAUUAUUAUAGCCAUUUGGAAAACAAUUGAUGGUGCUUCAAUUCGAACUUGGAAUCGAAAUUUUGGUAGUGAAAUUCAUCUUUUGAAGAAUGGUAAGAAUGCUGUAUAUGAUCGUCGAACUCAACAUCUCGUUAAUACAAUCAAACAAAAAUUAGAAUUUAGUGAAAGACUUUUGGUACUUUUUUGCGUUAGACGAUGUUAUCCCACACAAUCACAGAUUCCACGAUGGAUUCGUGAAUUCUCAAAUCGAAAUAAUCUAACAGCAAAACAUGAACAUUUCACCUAUCAAUUUUAUGAUAAUCGCCGGAAUAGUCCUAUCUUUACCGAUCGAUCAACUUAUGAUGGUUCAAAACCUCAUUUAGUUUAUGCUAUUGAUGGACAAUUAUUUCGCUAUGAUGGUAAUGUAAACGACAAAGAAGAAUUCUUCUCAUUCCUCGCAUCGCAUGAAUUAAUUAAUGCUCAAACUGUAAGCACUUGGGAGCAUUUGGAAUCAAUUAUAAAUACAGCACAAUUGUGUCAUGGUGAAAAGCAAGUUUUACAAAUAGUUGAUAGUAAUCGAUGUCCAACGGAUCAUUAUGAACAUGUUGUUCGCGCAUUCGACGGUGUUGCUAAUUAUAGUUUCUAUGAAAUAAUGAUGCCACUUACCAUUGAUAUGUAUGUUGAAUUGUACACACGUCUUCCGGAACUGCCAUCUGUUUGUCAAUUAAUUUUACUCCUACAAAAUGAUGGCUAUCAUUGGAUAUCUGCAGAUGCUGAUCUUCAUGAGCUUAUCAUCGCAGUGGAAAGUUCACAAAAUGUGGAAUGUACUCGCAGAUUAUCCGGUAAUUGGUAUCCAAUUCGAGAAGAACUAACAGCUGUAGAAAGAAAUUAUCUUCGUGAAAAUGAGAAAUCAUUAAUAUUGGAAUCGGAUCCAAGCUAUAUUGUUGUUGGUGCUACCGGUGGUAUUGCCGUUGUUGUGCUUGCGAUAAGCAUUUUUUGGGGACUUAGUGGGUCAACUUUUGCACAAAAUUAA